CAAUUUAAAUUUUUUUAAUCCGGGGGUAAUGGGCACUUGUGAAACGCGAUUAUAGCAUGAAUUAUCAAUUUAUUUAAAUUAUAUAAAGAAAUAUUUAUGAGCGUUUGACAAGAAAAUGCAUUAAUAAAACUUUUUAGUACUUAUGUAAUUUUCAAAAAUACUAUUUCUAAUAGCAUAUCGUAUAGAUAAAACAGCAAUAAAAUUUCCAUACAUUUUUGCUAAUAAAUUAAAAGUUGGAAAAAUAACUUCAAAACUUAAAAAAUCUUAAACCGUCAACAUUAUUCAGGUAUAGUUAUUAUGAGCAUCGCUUUUUAACUUUUCAUUUUUACCUGUGAAAGUUGUAUGGUAAUGUAAGUAAAAACCAUUGGGCAAUUUCAUCAAGUCAUCAAUGAUCUACUCAUGCGUUCAGUAGCCCUAAAUUAACAUUGCAAUUACUUCCAAACUAGAGCUUAUUUUCACCAUAAAUUGGCAGUCGCUGGACUGCCUAAUAUUGAAUUCCAAUCACUCUUUCAGUGACAAUCAAAUGAGUAACUUUGCAGGAAAACUGUUUGGAUUUUUGCUGUGCCUGCAAUGUGUGACAGAGUUGCAUGUAGGUACAGUGACCGGAGAAAAAUAUCAAUCUAGUUCGGGUGUGUCAUUCGCAGGGAGUGUUCAUAAGAUUUACGAACGUGUCCUGCCACAGCAAGGACCUCAGCAUGGCCACAGUGGAGUACUGCGAAUUGACAACAUUAAGCAAGACCAAAAACAGUAUUCGACUGCGCUACAAAUUGCUCGAGCCUGGAUUUCACAAAUUGAUGCUUCACCUUCAACUGAUGACGAAGGGCAGUGAAAGUGUCGACGGAGCUCCAAAUUGGCAGCCCUUCCUCUACGAAAUAAACCUUGAUUUCUGUCGAUUCUGGAAGAAGAACCGAUCAAACCACUUGGCCAAGAUGAUUUUCAACUUCAUUGAAGGUCACUCGAAUCUGAACCACAGUUGUCCCUUUUUGACUGAGGAUUACUUUGCUAUCGAGGGCAUUACCAAUACUGAAAUCUCUAGCAAAAUCCAUGGGUUGCCAAUGGCCAAGGGCUUUUACGCUUUGUAUACCAAGUGGCUAACAGAAAACAUAACACGAAUUCAAACAAACUAUUACUUUGAAGUACUGAGUGUUUGAAUUGAAAAAAUUAUAUGUUGUCAAGAAAAAUAAACACUAAACAGUAGUCAACAAUUUGAUUACGGUUCAUAUUACAUGUCACAUAACAUAGGUAUGUUGAUAAUUUAACAAGGCAUUACUAAAUAAAUUAAAAUAUGUCGGAGUUGAUAGAUAGUAUCUAAGGCUUAGGUGGAUUAAUUUCCAACUUCCUGCAAAAUAUUUUUACAGGUAUAAAUAAAAUGUAUUACACUUACCAAGCCGUUUAUCAAAUUCUUAACAUGUAUCUAAGUUCCUGGUGAAGAUAAUUUUAU